AUGAAUUUCGACAUAGUGUUUUUAUUGGUGUCAAUUUUAGUAAUGGGAGGAAGUUAUUAUUUGUUGUUUGUAAAGAAAAAAGGCAAGGCUCAGACUGUGGUUUAAUAAGGUUAACCACAAGCAUAAUAAGGAUAAGUUUAGCAAUAAUAAUAAUAAUAAGGAUAAUAACAAUAAUAAUAAAAUUAAUAGAGAAGAUAAAUAAACAGAGUUGAAGUAGAGUCAGAUGAUGAUUCAGAUAGAGAGUUAGAUGUUUAGAAUGCAGAAUAAUAAGCUAAAAGAGAAGCCAGAAAAUAAAAGAAACAAUAACAAUAAUAAUAUGUUAGAUAAUAAAUAGAAAUGUUGGAGAAGAAAAACGAAAAAAGAAGCAAAGAAUAUGAGGAGAAAGAAAGGUAGAGAGAAUAAUAAGAAUAAGAAGAGGAGGAAUGGAGAAAGAAGAUUGAAGCAGAAUAAAAAUAAAAAGAACAAGAGGAAUUUGACAAAUGGAGUAGCAUGUUCUAAGUUGAAUAGAGUGGUACUAUGAAGUUAUCAGCAGAAGAAGAGGAACAAAAAACAAAAGAGUUUAAUGAAAGAUUAGCAAAUUAUAUCAAAUUAAGAAAAGUAGUUUAGUUGGAAGAAGUCAGUGCUGAAUUGGGUAUCAGUACAACUGAGGUAGUGGACAAGAUAAAACAACUGGAAAUGUUGGGAUCAUUAAAUGGACUAAUAGAUGAAAGAGGUAAAUACAUUCACAUAAGAUAAAAUGAAAUUGAGAGUUUAAUAAAUUACAUCAAUGCAAGAGGAAGAAUGACCAGAAGUGAAUUAUUGAAUGAAAGCAAUAGAAUAAUUAAAUUGGAACCCUCGAAGCAAGACUUAUAAAAGAUUUAAGAGGAGGAGCAAAAAUUGUUAAACGAUUUAUAAUAGGAAUUACAACAAUGA